AUCGGCUACUGACCAUGUCAACAGAGUUCCAGGAUGCUCACCUUGCAGAGGUGAAACCUCUGGUGGAGAAGGAAGAGGCUAUCACUCGCCUCCUUCCAGACUUCGAUGUUCAGGAGCAAGAUGUGGAGACUGUGCAUGGCUCGGUCCAUGUCACCAUGUGUGGGACUCCCAGAGGGAACCGGCCAGCUAUCCUCACCUACCAUGACAUCGGGCUGAAUCAUAAAACUUGCUUCAAUCCUCUCUUCAACUUUGAGGAUAUGCAGGAAAUCACCCAGCACUUUGCAGUCUGCCAUGUGGAUGCACCUGGUCAGCAGGAUGGAGCACCAUCUUUCCAGGCUGGGUACGUGUAUCCCUCCAUGGAUCAGCUGGCCGAAAUGCUUCCCGGAAUCCUGAAACAGUUUGGGCUGAAGACUGUUAUAGGAAUGGGAACUGGAGCCGGUGCCUACAUCUUAACCAGAUUUGCUUUAAACCAUGCAGAGAUGGUGGAGGGAUUAGUUCUCAUUAAUGUAAACCCUUGUGCUGAAGGCUGGAUGGACUGGGCAGCAACUAAGAUUUCAGGUUGGACAAAUGCUUUACCAGACAUGGUCAUUUCACAUCUUUUUGGGAAGGAAGAGAUUCACAGCAACCAUGACCUGAUCCACACUUACCGUCAGCAUAUUAUUAAUGAUAUGAAUCAAACCAACCUGCAUCUCUUUGUCAACUCUUACAACAGUCGGCGAGACCUGGAGAUUGAGCGCCCUGUUCCUGGAAUAAAUGUUGUCACCCUUCAAUGCCCCGUCCUCCUGGUGGUUGGCGACAGCUCCCCAGCGGUGGAUGCCGUGGUUGAAUGCAACUCAAAGCUGGACCCAACAAGGACCACACUUCUGAAGAUGGCUGACUGCGGUGGGCUCCCUCAAGUUUCCCAGCCUGCCAAGCUUGCAGAAGCUUUCAAAUACUUUGUUCAAGGAAUGGGAUACAUUCCCUCUGCUAGCAUGACCAGGCUGAUGAGGUCCCGCACUGCUUCUGGCUCCAGCGUAACCUCUUUGGAAGGACAGAGGAGCCGGUCUCACACUGGGGAAGGCACGAGGAGCCGGUCUCACACUGGGGAGGGAACGAGAAGCCGAUCCCACACCGGGGACGGUGCCAGGAACCGCUCCCACACAGACACACGCAUCGAGCUGACGCCAAACUCGGCAAGCAACGCUGAACAAUCAAGCCCCAAGUCCAUGGAAGUGUCCUGUUAGAUGGCUGUGGGAGGUUCAAACUGGUCACAGUGUGAAAAAGUAAUGGAUGCCCCCUGUAUCACAAAAACAUAACUGGUAUUAAUCACAGGCUAUUCUGUAGGAUGAACUCUGUUCACCAGGGUCUGACAGGGACCAAAGAAAAGACGCAUCUCAUUUGCUCUAUCGUUAUUCUUGUAACUCAGACAGUUGCUGCUAUUGUGCCCUCCUUCAAUGGAUGCCAAAUUCUAAAGGAUACUUGCCAAAAGCUGAUGUGGUUGUAAACACUUCAGAGUCAAACGAGACUUGCUUAAUAUCCUCCAUUAAAAUCAAAGCUGUUAACAUGCCCCUUUAUCUCUUCUUCUCUUGAAGUAAACUGGCACAAUUUGAGAUGAUUUUCAAAGAGGGGGAGAAAAAAAAAAUAAAUCACUGUUAUGGAUGGAUGGCUUUUAAAAAAGGAAAUGAAACAAAUGUGUUACGGCCUCAUGUUGAAGCUGGAGUUGAAUUCAUUGUAUAUAGCUUGACUUCAAAUGAUAGAGAAGU